AUGUUUUCGACGAAAUUGAGGGUGCGCCGUACGCUGGAUCUGAGACCACCAGAAGCCAGCCGACAAGGCUACUGUCACGACUCCGGCUUGAGCGACGGGCAUGCCUCGAUUGCUUCUGAAUCCAUCGACCUGCUUGACAUACAAGCCGAUCUUGAAACGCAGCGCGAGGAUAUUGAAAGGAUUGACACUGCAGGGUACCAGGUAGUAUCUCAAUUCAAUGACACCAUAACUCGGAUUGACCGCGAGGUCAAGAAGCUCAACGGGACCAUGGUGAAUCUGCGUCGAGACAUCGACAACCAUGCAGCGGACAUGUUUACUGUCAAGAAAGACGUGCUACAACAACUGGAGAACGCCUCGUCAAAUCUUCGCCAGGAGCUUGCAAGUGCAAGGAAAGCUACAAAGGAUGCACUUGGUAUCGCCAAGGACACCGCCAAAGAAACGGCGAAUAUACGGAUGGAGUUGGCCAAAUUGAAAGAAAGUCUGGAGACUCACCACAGGAAGCACGACCCGAAACCGGAGUUCUUGAUGCCGAGAGAACUGGACAUCCUCGCCAGUAAUAUCACGAAAAUUGGAAACAGAGCAAACCAAGUGGAGUCGUUGCAGAUGGAACUUGACCUCAUCAAAAGCCAGGUCCAGCGGUUAGAAGCCAGCGUCGAGACUUCUACGCGGGGAAGGGAUGACCGCCCGCCCAAAUCAGUCUCUCCCAAGACCUACCCUGACGCAUUGAGGAUUGCAGACAGCCCGGUCAAGACAACAACGUUGCAGCAGGAGGUCCAGGCACCAAGUCAGUUGACCGAGGAGCCAAUGCCAAAGGCUACUCAACCUCGAGCUCGCAAAAGACGAGCAGCUCCCGAGCCAGCUGACGACCAAAGAAUUGCCCAUCCGAAAUUGACGAAAUCAGGUGCUAUUGACAAGAGAAGAACCAAGAGAUCGAAGCAAGAUUUAUCUACCGACGAACUCAACUCGAUUGGCCCCCCUGCAGGCGGAAGACGAACUAGAAGCUCCAACUGUUAA